CCGCCGGCCCCACCCCGACUGGGCCCUGUGCCCCCCGCCCCCCGCGGCCCCCCGCCGCCGGGCCCGCCGCCACCAUGAAGAAAUUCUUCCAGGAGAUCAAGGCUGACAUCAAGUUCAAGAGCGCGGGGCCUGGUCAGAAGCUCACGGGGUCCGUGGGGGAGAGAGCCCCCAAAGAAAAACCCAACCAAACAGCAGUGCGCCAGCCCCGCCAGGGACCCACCAAUGAGGCCCAGAUGGCGGCCGCAGCAGCCCUGGCCCGGCUUGAACAAAAGCAACCCAAGGCCCGGGGCCCCACGUCUCAGGAGUCCAUCCGGAACCAGGUGAGAAAGGAACUUCGAGCUGAAGCAACUGUCAGUGGGAGCACGGAGGCCCCCGGCACCAACAUGGUGCCUGAGCCCAGAGAGGAGGGGUCAGCCCACCUGGCUGUGCCCGGGGUGUGCUUCACGUGCCCGCUCACAGGGGCCACGCUCAGGAAGGACCAGCGGGACGCCCACAUCAAAGAGGCCAUCCUCUCGCAUUUCUCCACCGACCCAGUGGCUGCUUCCAUCAUGAAGAUCCACACGUUCAACAGAGACCGGGACAAGGUGAAGCUGGGCGUGGACACCAUUGCCAAGUACCUGGACAACAUCUGCUUGCACCCAGAGGAGGAGAAAUAUAGGAAGAUCAAGCUGCAGAACAAAGUGUUCCAGGAGCGCAUUAACUGCCUGGAAGGGACCCACGAGUUUUUUGAGGCCAUUGGCUUCCAGAAGGCACUGCUUCCGGUUCCCGAUCAGGAGGGCCCAGAAGAGUUCUACGUGCUGAGCGAGGCCGCGGUGGCCGAACCCCAGAGCCUGCAGAGACACAAGGAUCAGCUGCUGGUCGCCGAGCCCGUGCGGGCCACACUGGCCCGCCAGCGCCGGGUCUUCCGGCCCUCGCCCAUGGCCUCCCAGUUUGACCUGCCCGGGGACUUCUUUAACCUCACGGCCGAAGAGAUCAAGCGGGAACAGAGGCUCCGGUCCGAGGCCGUGGAGCGGCUGAGCGUGCUGCGGACCAAGGCCAUGCGGGAGAGGGAGGAGCAGAGAGAGCUACGCAAGUACACCUACACGCUGCUGCGCGUCCGCCUCCCCGACGGCUGCCUCCUCCAGGGGACCUUCUACGCCCGGGAGCGGGUGGGAGCACUGUACGCCUUCGUGCGGGAGGCCUUGCAGAACGACUGGCUGCCUUUCGACCUGCUGGCCUCGGGGGGGCAGAAGUUGUCGGAGGAGGACAGCCUGGCCUUCAACGAGUGCGGGCUGGUGCCCUCGGCCCUCCUGACCUUCUCGUGGGACGCAGCUGUGCUAGACGACAUCAGGGCGGCUGGGGCCGAACCCAACUCAUCUAUUCUGAAACCGGAGCUCCUGGCAGCCAUCGAGAAGCUCUCAUGAAAUAAAAGCAGGGUUGGCUUUAGCCCGCGUGGGUCUGUCUCAUGCUCUCCUGCUUCCUCCCCGCCCCCCCGGAACCCCCUCUCCCGCAGAACUGCCUGCCCUGGUGCACAGAGCACUGCGGGCACCGGGGAGGAGCACGGCCGAGACCUGUGCCUGGGGCCGCCGCCUGGAGAGGGCACCCGGGGGGCCGCUGCCGUCGUCUCCCUGGGUGCAAGCCCGCCAUAGCCACCUGUUGAUGAGCCCCCGGGAGGGAGAGUAGGCCUGCCGCGUGGGCCAGGUGGCCACCCUGGCCCUGAUGCUGAGCCACGGGGUUGCUGGAGACAGUGACAGCGGAGGGAGAUAGAUAUAGGGCCUGUCAGGACACGGUUCUGUGAAAACUGAAUCUGAAUCCAAAUAAACAGGACAUCUGACUAGU